AUGCGAGCCAAUGAGGGGUCCAUCGCCAAUAUCUCAUCCUGGACGAGCCAACUCCUGGCCGACGUGGAAGAGCAUACGGAACAUCUUGACCCGGAGGACGCCCCGGAAACCACCAACGUCGACAGCAGGCUGCUCCACAUGUGGCAGGCAAGAUCGAGCAUGCUCCGGCGUUGGCAACAGCAGGGGAAAGAUAACCAAGCCCUAAAAGAAAGAAUCACUCGACUCGACGCAGAGAUCUCCGAUCACGCGACCGAGGUCACCCGGCAGCAAUGGUACCAAAUAUGUGAUCGCAUGAGGGGACGCCUCAGCUCAGCCCGGACGUGGCACCUCCUACGCCACCUCCUGGAUCCGGACACCACCAGGGUCGAAGGCAGAAGAAACAUGGCCAAGUUAAUCCACAGGCAUGCUCAGGACCCGGGGACGUUCCUGGCAGAGAUGCGAGACAAGUACAUCGGCCCGCAACUCAAGACACCGUUACCUGCGGCCUACCAGGGCCGGCCGAACGCGCACAUAGACGAAGACAUUACGUUCGCUGAGGUGUCGGCAGCCGCCUACAAGCUGCGGACGAACUCGGCGCCGGGUUCGGACCGCGUUACCAACAAGAUGCUACGCAACCUGGACGAGGCCGAGUCCCUCAUCGGCGAUAACGGUUACCCCUUGGAGACCCAUGAGGUAGCCACCGAGGAUGGCUACAUUCUGCAGAUGCACCGAAUACCCCACGGAAGGAUGGGUUCCUGCGCUCACAUCAGCGCCUCCAAGGACACCUGGUGUGGAGGACGCGGUCCGGUCUUCGUCAUGACAGGCCUUCUCGCCGAUUCGACCUCCCUGGUGCUCGACUUCCCGGGCCAGUCACUCGGGUUUGUUCUCGCUGACAACGGCUACGACGUCUGGCUCGGAAACACACGUGGCAACACCUUCGGCAGGAGGCACCGGACUUUGGACGUUAGAUCGAGGCCAUUCUGGAACUUCACGUUUCACGAGCAUGCGCUCUACGACCUGCCCGCUCAGAUCGACUACGUGCUGAACGAAACGGGCCAGAGGCAACUCCUGUACAUCGGCAUUUCCCAAGGAACGCUUAUCUUCUUCGCCAUGAUGUCGGAGAGGCCCGAAUACAACAACAAGGUGAAGGCUUUUGCUGGACUCGCGCCCUUCAACAAGCUGGCCUACAUCAAAGUGCCACCACUUGCCAUCUUUGGCCCGUACGCGGAGUCCGCUCUGCGCCUGGCUCAAGCGGCGGGCGGCUACGAGGUGCUCCCCAAGGACUUCCAACUCAUGAGCCUCGUGAGGAUAUUGUGCGGGAGUGUGGCCAAGCGCGUCUGCACUUUCCUCGGCGACAGAUUCAACAACAUCGGGAGCAGAUACAUCAACCUGACGCGGAUUCCUGUUUACCUGUGUCACAAUCCUGCAGGGACUUCAAUGAAAAAUGUCAUACAUUAUGCGCAACUCGUUCGAUCAAAGCGGGCCCAGAAGUUCGACUAUGGGGCGUCUAAGAACAACGAAGUCUACGGGCAGCGCGAGCCGCCCGAGUACAACCUGUCGCGGAUGACCACGGACGUGGCCCUCUUUUGGAGCAAGGGCGACCAGUUCGUGACGCCGAGGGAGGUGGACGAGCUGCGAUCUUCGCUGGGUGCGAGGGUCAAGUGGGAAGGUUACAUCGCCGACCCCUUCUACACGCACGUGCACUUUGUCAUCGGCCUGGUGAACAAGAAGUACCUAUUCAAGAACCUGCUGGAUUUCCUCGCUGGGUACCCUGUUGAACAACAACCACUGGAAAAAGACGCGGGCACAACGAGAGACGCUGUCUACACGACCCUUGAUUCCUGACUUCUGGUCAUGAAAAUAAACGAUAUUUUUUGCGCGUACGUGUUAAGA